GGUUUUUUAUUUUUCUUUUCUCCAAGCUGCCGAUGACUAGUUCCUGAGGCGGCAGAUAAGACAAGUCGGUGAUCGGAGAAGUCUGAAAUCAUCCAAAAGAUGCCGCAACCAAGCAAAGAGCCGUGCAAGAAAGAGGCUUGCGACAUUCAAGCCUGUCUCUCCAAGAACAAUUUUCUUCCUCAAAGGUGCCAGACAGUGAUAGAGAAAUUACAGGCUUGUUGUGAGAAAUGCAACAACGAGUCAACGCAUUGUGGAUCUGUAUCUGCCCUCUUGAAGCAAAUCAAGAAAUAAUGUAAUACAAGGACGAGAGGGAUGGCAUCAUCAAGAAGAGACUUGAAUACACACAUUUAUUUACUCAUUUCUGUCUCCUCUAAUACGAUAUGAAUAUGUUUUUGUAAAAAUUUGUCGUCACCUUCCAAAUAAAUAAAAAAACAUUUUUUAAAAAAA